CCGGGAGCCGGGCGGGGCGGGCGGAGCCGUUGGUGCGGGCGGGGAGGGGCCGGGCCAUGGCGGCGGCCGGGCCCAUCCGAGUUUCUUAUUCAUCUGUAUACUCACACACCAGGAUACGUGUACUUGCAGAACCCAAGCAAGUAGCUUAUGAAAGCAGUCCCAGGCUUGAGUGGGGAAACCAAGAGACUAUCUGCCCUCUAUCAUGGGGGGCUAUGACAGCUUGGCCGUGUUCAAGAAUAACGUUACUGUCCAAGUCCAAGAAAGACUUUUGCGAGCACCAGCGAAGCUACAGAUCAGUGAUCGGUGGGCGUCCCCCGCUAGUGAAGUUUGCCUACCCUUCUGAGCGGCUGCUGAAGUUGUCUGAACCUAAAAAAUUCCACCCGGCUUCCCUGCAACAAAGAUCCCCCGAGUGGCCCGUGUCACUAUCUGCACUGACCUAUAAUGCCUCCCCACGGAUCCUCGAGCUUGCCCGGCCAAAGUUGCUGCAUCCAGAGUUCGUUCCGCCCAGAGAGGUGCCAACACAGGUUCCAACUCCUGCGACCUUGGCCAGCGCAUCCGCGCGGUUAGAGCAUCUGGCAGAGCCCUGUGUCAGGCAGGUGACCUGCUGCUAUAAACACAGCUAUCCUGAAUCUGUCAUUCGUCCGGUUUCCAAGUCAGCUCAGCAGGCAGUUGCGAGCCCUCGGACCAUUGAGCUGGCUAGGCCAAAGAAACUGCAUUCUAAGUACACGGCCCCGCGGGAUCCUCAGUGGCCAGUGUCAGAGGCUGCCAAGCGUGCAGUGGCUACACCAAGAAUUGUGGAACUGGCCCAGCCUGGCAAAAGGCCUCCUAUGGGCUUGGCUCAAUUCAACCUAGAUGCAUUCAGAGUGAAGGAGACUGCUAUGAAGGCAACUUGUUCUGAUCGGAUCCGAGAACUAGCUCGCCCAGUUCAGCGCUAAGCUCCCUCAGAAAUGCACCUUCAGCUGCCCCCAUCACUCCUUGGAACAUCACUCUCUCUGGGAUGUGCUGUGGGUAGAAAAUCUACUUGAACACAGCGCAGAGGCAGCACUCAGCAGGAAUUCAAAUAAAAUGGUCAGUCUUUAAGAAUAGUCA